CACCACCGCAUUUUGUCUUGAUGAAGCAAUAACGUUAGUUCGUGAAUAUAAAUGAAAGAAGUGCUUAUUGCACAAAUCAAAGCUGCCUCGGAUUCAAACUUUCUGCUAUUCUGUUUCCGCCACUGUUCGGCCAUGAAGCGUACCUCUUCACGAUCUGCGGAAGCCUCUGCUGCGAAGCAAGCUAAACUAGCCGAGGAUGAUCUCUUAGCUGGCACUGGAGAGUGGCGUACUAUUGGCACGGCGACGAAAGGUGUUUGCCCUCUUUUAUAUCGCAAAGACUCCACUACCAAGUCCUCAAAGGUGAUAGCAGGCUUUGAUUUAGAUUGGACAGUUAUUGCUACCCAGAGCGGACGGCAGUUUCCAACCGGACCUUCGGACUGGAAAUUUCUGCGAGCAGACAUUCCUGGAAAGCUGCGCGCACUGCAUCAAGAUGGAACGCGAGUUGUGUUCUUCACUAAUCAAGCAGGAAUUGCCAAGGGAAGGACGUCAGCCAAAGAUUUUCAAAAGAAAGUGGACACAAUCGUCAGCAGGCUGGGUAUUCCCGUGGAGGUGUUAGUUUCGACCGGUGAGAGCAACUACCGUAAACCGAGUCCCGACAUGUGGCAUUUCAUCGUGAAAGAAAGCAACGAUGACAUAGACGUGGACAUGGAACGUUCAAUCUAUGUCGGUGAUGCUGCGGGCCGGCCGAAAGCAUGGAAGAAAGACGCAAAGAAGGAUUUCUCCUGCUCCGACCGGAUGUUUGCCGCUAACAUCGGCGUGCCAUUUAAAACACCGGAUGAGUACUUCUUCGGUGAAAAGGCAGCACCGUUCUCCUGGGGUACUGAAAACCCUGCUGCAGUCCUGGAGUCAGCCGAAACGAUGCCGGAUAUCGAUAUCCCAAAGGAACCCGAAGUCGUCGUUCUGGUCGGCAUGCCUGCGUCGGGCAAGUCCACGUUCUCGCGGCGCUACUUCGUGGAGCCGCACGGCUACGUGCAUGUAAACCGCGACACACUUGGCACGCAGGAGAAGUGCUUGCGUGCGGCACGCGACGCACUGGCCAACGGCAAGAGCGUCGUCGUGGACAACACCAAUCCGACACCGGCCGGACGCCACGACUUCAUCAAGGUGGCCACGGACGCCAAGAAGCAGGUGCGGUGCUUCUACCUGGACACGCCGCGCGAGCUGGCGGCGCACUUGAACUACUACCGGCAGAACCUCUCCAAGGGCGUCGAUCGUCGCAUACCGGACGUGGCCUACAACACCUACAAGAGUCGCUUCCACAUGCCCAGUACUGGGGAGGGGUUCGCCUCCGUCACAGUCGUUCCGUUCGUGCCUCAGUUCUCUUCCGAUGACGAGAAGAAGCUGUUCCGACUGUGGACGUAGGCAAGGAGUUGUCCGUCGGCCUGAAACUUGCUGGCAUUGGUUAUUAUGAAGUACUAUGGGUACUAGCACCCGUGUGUCUGUGUGAGUGAGCUUGGUCGCUACCAUGGAUGAAGUUGCAGCAAUGCUCCGCUCCGUGAUGUAGGUGCAGGUGAUUUCGUUGCACCCAUCUAUGUGCCCGUCACUCUGAGAGAUCUUGAGGUUACGCCCAGUUCAUCUUCCCUAGUGCUCAUCGUACGUUGUUGUCAAACAUGACAUGGUACCGAUGUGAUUGUUUUGUGUAUGGCCCUUUGGUACAUGCUAGUGCAGCUGAUGUCAACGGACCGUGGUGUGUGCCAGGUUUGCCACGAUUCCAGUGUUCUCGUACGUUUUUGUUUCUCUCUGUUUCCAUGAACAACGUACCGCUGGAGUCUGUUUCCGACUCCAUGAAAGCACUGGUAUUGACGUUGCUGUGUGCUCUCUACUGGCAGUUGUAUAGAUAGUUUUUUUUUACUGAUACCUGUCCUGUUUCUUUCGUUGAAGGGGCCAUGCUGGCUUUGGUCUGUCCACGUUUGAAGUUUGGCAGCUUACCUGGCCUCACUGACUGUUUCUUGCUUUGACAUUUCUGACUUAUUUGAUCCCAUGCAUGACAAGUAACGUUGCAAGUCGAUGUACUAGUACCAAUAUGAUGUGCACUCUCUGUGCCGACCGCAUGGUGUGGUAGUGCCCUUCGUGUGUAUGCCGUAGUGACGCACAUAAAGGGCCCAUGCGCUUAUGAGUGAGUUUUGCGUUAUUUGCUAUAUUUUGGGUCAUCUUGUCUCACACAUAGGCGCAUGCGCUUGAGUUGCUUGUGUACCGGUCGGUGCCUUGGAUAAUUAUGCAUAUACUGCAAUACCGCACUGCACAUUAAACUAUG